CGACUAAGCGGCUGUCAGUUGAUCAUUUCCUCAAAACAAACGCUGUCCAAUCUCGUUGGUGGUAAUACAAAGACGUUUCAUCUCACAGAAUUUUGAUCUAUGGUUUGAUGUCGUAAGAAUGUAGGUCACUCUGCGUCUGCGUUUUGAUAGUUUGUUUGUUAACACCUAAUCUGAUAACCAUCUGUGGAUUCGCUGUGAGGAGCACACUUAACUGUCGUGUUUUGAUGACGCCAUCACUGGGACUUUCCGGAUACGUCACUUGGGGCUUCCGAGUUAUUAGCUAGCUCUACCUCUGUGUUCAUGUCGUUAGGCACUGUAAACGUCGCUGCGUUACCCCUGGAGUACACACCAUAAGAGGCUAUGAAAAUGCCAAAGACUCCCAACGGUGCCGAGAGGUUUGAAUAUUGAGACGUCGUUGUCAGGGGCGACGGUCAGACCGAGAGGCGGAAUGUCAACAACGCGGCCCCUCCUCGGGAUGAGACGAGUCACCGAGCUAACGUGCCCGGAACAGCCGAGCAACAGGCUCCCUGCGUCAGCCGGCAGGCAGCAGCAAGAGGCCCCCACCGUGGACGAGUUUACAGUCUUAGAGGAUAAAGAGGAAGAGCUAAAAUGUGCCAAGCCUCGAGUGGAGCAGGUUUUCAAAGUAACGUUCACCAUUAUCGGUCUUUUGGACCACACGGGACAGCCACACGGCAGCAAAACAUCACGGCAGAUAUGGCUGCAGCUCAGGGGAAACAGAGACGACGUGUCAAAGGCAAAGGAAUAUGUUAGAGGACUCUGUGACCCAGAGCUGCAGAAAGAGGAGCGAUACCCGGUGGACAUGCACUGUAUCUUUGCUGGCGCUCGGGGCCUCUUCCUGGACAGGCUCAUACGGGACACAAGUGCAGAGGUUCAGGUGCCCGAGCCAGGCCGCCUGCGGCUGUUGGGCCGUGCUGAGCCUGUCGUGAUGGCCCAGAGCAGAGUUCAGCAGUUUGUAGCACUAUUCCAGGAGAAGCGAAGUCUACCUAGCGACAGAGAGCCAGCCGUGAAACGAGCGUUUAAGUCCUUUGUGGAGGAAAGGGAUGAUAAGUACACUAUGGAGCUUCUUCUGCUGCCCAGUGCCCUGAAGGAAGAGUUACUGGGACUGGCUCACAGCCCCACCAGCACAAACACAUCCUCCCUGGCUCAGCUCAACCAGACACUGCAUCCCAGCAUUGCAGAGGUUGACCAAGACCGCUCACAGAGUAGCACCCCGGUAACAGAUCUCUCCAACCGUAUCCUGGACACUAGCUUUGAAGAGAAGGGGACUGGGAUAGGAUCUGUCAGCAGUAAAGCAGCUGGAGGAGGCAUAGGUUUAGGUCCUGAGGGCGUCCUUCUCAAUGGCACCCGGCCCUCACACAAGCGGCGCUCAUCUGAGAGCGAGACUCGGGACACAAAGAGACAGUAUUCUCUGGAGCGGAGGGACGAGUCACCGGAGAGAGCAAGAGAGCGUGAGCGGCAGAGGGACAGAGAGGGCCGGGGCAGUAGUAGCAGCUGUAGAUCCAAGACGCCCUCUGCUUCAUCAUCCCUCUCCUCCUCAACUAAAGCAAACACAGUCGGCCCAAUCAUGCUGGACUCUAGUGAGGGUAUCUCAGAUGAUGGAGAGGCAGUCAGCCCAGAAACCAACCUCCGCUGCUUGGUCAAUUUCUUCAGAACAAUGGGUUACCAGCAGGAAGUGGUAGAGCGUGUUGUCAAGGAGACAGGACAGACAGAAGAUACCUUCCUUGUCCUGGAGAAGAUUGUUGAGGAAACCAAGCGUUGUGAAGAGGGGUCAAAAGGAGGUGAAAAAGAGAGACGGCUGAACUCUAUGCGUGCCCCAGACACUCCCUCCUCAUCAUCAUCCUCCUCUACAGUUUCUCGACUCAAAGAGAAGGGGCGCGAGCUGAGCAGAGUGUUGGUAGACCCAGGCAAGUCUAAAGAGAACAUUAAGCCCAACCAGUAUGGAAGCAGUAGCAAUGGGUUGGGGCACCGGCGGCAGUGCAGCGGCAGCGAAACAAGCACUCAACAGGCAAUCACUAUCAAGAGGAGCUCCAGUGCUCAAGGAGGAGCAGGAAACUACGAGGUUAUUACCAUUGACGAUGACGAUGAUGUCAUCCCCACGGAUACCAAAACAGCAGAUAGUAGGAUGUCCCGGAUGAUGACGGUGGCACACCUCGACACCCACUCGGGAUCCAGAACAGACUACCUAGCACGUGGAGGGGGCGGCGUCUCGCAGAGAGACUACCUGUCGAGGGGUGGGACUCAGACUUUAGGAGGAUCAGUUAAAGUUGAGAGUGUGACAGCUCUGCGCAGCACGCCUCAGUGGCUGACUGCCACCACCACCUCUUUGGCUUCGAACCCCAGUUCAGCUCAGCCCAUCAGCCGACCCUCAGCUUCUCCCUAUCAGACCAUUGGCCACAUGGGGUUUCAUGGGGGUGGAGCCAGGACUCCUCCUGCAAAUGACCCUCCCGCACCACCAGUAACUGGUUUGGCUCGUUUCCAUCAGUCACUGAGGACUCCCUACACUCUGAAACUGCCAAAUGAGCCAGGACGUCCAGACCUCAGACACAUUAUCAUAGAUGGCAGCAAUGUGGCAAUGGCUCAUGGCCUUCAUCGGUUCUUCUCCUGUCGAGGCAUAGCACUGGCAGUGGAGACGUUUUGGAGGCGGGGCCACAGGGAAAUCACAGUAUUUGUUCCUCAAUGGCGUCAGAAGAGAGAUCGACUCACGACAGAGCAACAUUUUUUAAACCAGCUAGAGGACCUGAGGCUGCUGUCCUUCACUCCCUCCAGAGAGGUCUGUGGCCAGAGGAUAUCCUCACAUGAUGACAGGUUUCUGCUCCACCUUGCAGAAAAAACAGAUGGGAUUAUUGUAACCAAUGAUAACCUGAGGGACUUUGUUGAUACCUCAGACACCUGGCGCAAGAUCAUUCAAGAGAGGUUGCUUCAGUUUACUUUUGUGGAGGACCACUUCAUGAUCCCUGAUGACCCUCUGGGAAAAGAUGGCCCUCACCUGGACGUCUUCCUGCGAAAAGAGAACAGAAGGACUGCAGUCACUCCUCCCCCUCUGAGACCCCCAGACUUCCGGCCGUCUUCUCAGCAGCAGCAGCCAGUUUAUGUCCAGGCUCUACACUCUGCUCCUCGGACCCCCUCCUCCACACCCAGGCCCCCUCCCUCCCUGAUGCCCCACUCCACAGUGCACUGGCCCCAUUCCGGUCCUCCUGAAUGGCACCCGCCCCGCCGGUCCCCCUCCCCCUCCCCCUCCCCUCCACCCCAGCGAUCACCGGAGGAGACAUCAGAGCUGAAGAGAAAGCUGUACGAUAUCUUCCCCGACCAGAAGCAGCGGAUCGACCGCAUCCUCAGCGACAACCCGUACAUGAGAGACCUGAACGCCCUGUCGGGGCUGCUGCUGGGAUAAAUAACUGGCUCUGCUAUGAGAAUCAGCAGGCAUAUACCAACACACAAUAAAUACACACACCUGCAAGAAUAUACAUACGUGUCAGCAUAAAUAUAAUUUAUUUUACCAUCUCUUCCAGCCUGGAAGAUAUGGAGAUUAUUAUUAUUUUACAUUAAGACUGAUCAUCAAACUAGCUGCUAUUGGCAAGAAGUAUUUUUGGGGAUGAUUUCCUAUUUCUCUCUCCCUCCUUUGCUUUCAAAUUAACAUGAGCAACACUGGUGUCUUGGGAAUCAGAAGUGUUAACAAAUUGCCAUAGUUGUCAAGCAGCAAAGUAUAUAUUGUAUUAAAUCAUUGCAGUCCCUGGACAAGAGACCAGAGGUUCCAUGAAGGUGGAACUAGCACUGGAAGAAAAUGUUUUGGACCAAAGACAGAGAACUGGUCUCAUAGGAUAGUGGCUCCAGCUCAGCACAUGAUGGGUUUCUUCUCCAAAACCAUGUUUAAGAUCAGACUUGGAACACCUCUCACAAACUCUGAGCUUUUUCUCAACAAGAUUAUUGACACUGGCAGGUUUUGCAUGUUUUUCACAUUUUCAACAUACAACUUACUCACUUGUAAUUUUCUGGAACAGAAUUAGUUCACUGGCAGCACCAGGGUAUUGAACUUGGCAUCUGGUCAGUAGUUAUUCAACAUCAGCAAGGAAAAAUCCAAAAGUACCACACUUUAACUUAAUUUCACUGACAAUGCACUUGUAGGAGAUCAGUUUUCUGAAGACAGCUGUGGUGUCCCUUAUCAGAGGAGUAUGUCAGGAAGCAUGUUGACAUCAUUAGCAUCAAAGAAUUGUUACUUUUAAGAUUGGAUAGAAAUGCCAGAAAGGCAGAGUUGAGACUGUACACACAACUUGAAUUUUUAAAAACAGGACAAUUCCAUAUAAGCUUAUUAAAGAAACAUUCUGAGGCUGUAUGGAUUGGCAGUCAUUACAAGGUUUUUGUUUGUUUUGUGUUUUUUUUAUUUCACAUAUAGCUCUCUAUGUAUAAAUCCAAGUUGAGCUCAUCUCGUUUAUCAAUCUGUUUCUUAAACUACAGCAGCACUGCCCAUCUUCUGUCCCUUAAAAAUGAACCUGUAGUUCAGAUGAUGCUUUUAUACACUACCAGUUUUUCCUGCAAGGUCAGUACAAUAAUAACUGGCAUAAAAGUUGUUGUUUUUUUUUUAAGGGACCAUUUUUUUUCUCAGUAAGGAAUUUUGUUUUUAAAUUGUUCCCAUAGAUCAUACGUUGCUAAAGAAUAAAAAAAAAUUCAGGAAGAAAUGAUCAUAAAUUUGAGUAUCAUCACUAUGACAAAAACCUCCAAGUCCAUAUUAUCUUUCAUUAGAGACAUAUUUUCUUGUGGGCUUGUGUUGCUUCUCAAACCUAAUGUUUAAUGCUGUGAAAGAACUCAAAUGCUGAACCUGAAGGUGCUGCUCUGAUAAUUUGUUCAAAGUUGCUUCAACAAGAAUUUGAAAUAUGGUGAAAUUUGUUCCAGAUUAAGUUGUUCCAGUUAGAUACACUAUCAAACAGUGUUUUCAGGAGGAUACAGUUACUAGUUUAUCAGCAUUUUGUUUUGAAAAGCUUUGCGGAUUAUCAGCCUGGGUCUUUAGGCAAUACAUAUGUCACACUACAAGAGUUUGAAUUUAACCUUUGUUGCUUGAGUUAAAUGACCCAUUUACAUUUGAAAUCACACCCUUUGAGUUAGCUCAUCAAUUUUUUUUUUCAAAAACCCAAAUUUACUUACAUUUGUAAUUAAUGUUUCAUAGCUGUAUUUAAUGCACUGAAGGUAAGUAAUGAUGUAGUAAGUAAAACAAGGUUUCAUUGACAAAUCUUCAGAAAGCUUGUAGUGUUUUUUUUUUGUUUUUUUUUACCCUCAUACACCCAGAGAAUGUUGGCCGCAGCUUGCAUAUUUGAUGUGCAUCUGAGUUUUGUAAUAUACAAACACUUUAUCUCCUUGUAAGAAAAGAAUCUCUGCACAAAAUCUUUACAAGGUGUUAAAAAAUAAGUUUUGUUCGUACUUGCUAUGUUGUUGUUGUAAGGAUUACUGAAGGACGUUUAUUCUCUUUCGUUGUAUUAUAAUUCUUUGGUGUAUAUUGAUUUCUUUUUUGUAAAUACAAGCAUUUUGGCUACAGUGCACAUAUGGUUUUAUGUAUGUGAAAAAAACAAAAUAAAAUGCAGCAAGUCCCCAUAAAA